AUGCGAGAUCCACUGAUUUCACUGGGGGCCGUUUGUGUCUGCGGGCACGAAGCCAUAUUUACUGUGGGGCAACAGGAUGGAAACCAGCAAUCUGUGCAGCCAGAGAAGGUCGGCUGGGUGCGGAAAUUUUGCGGGAAAGGCAUUUUUAGGGAAAUCUGGAAAAACCGUUAUGUGGUUUUGAAGGGAGAUCAGCUUUACAUCUCGGAGAAGGAGGUAAAAGAUGAAAAAAACAUACAGGAAAUGUUUGACCUGAGUGAUUAUGAGAAAUGCGAAGAGCUCAGGAAGUCCAAAAGCAGAAGCAAAAAGAACCACAGCAAAUUUACCCUCGCCCACUCCAGACAGCCUGGAAACACGGCACCAAAUCUGAUCUUCCUGGCUGUGAGUCCAGAAGAGAAAGAGUCCUGGAUUAAUGCCCUCAACUCUGCAAUCACACGUGCUAAAAACCGCAUCUUAGAUGAGGUUACUGUCGAAGAGGACAGCUACCUCGCCCACCCAACACGUGACAGAGCAAAAAUACAGCACUCCCGACGCCCUCCGACACGGGGACACUUGAUGGCUGUGGCAUCUACCUCAACCUCUGAUGGCAUGCUGACACUCGACCUGAUCCAGGAGGAAGACGCCUCUCCAGAGGAUCACAGCACCUGCGAAGAGAGUUUCCGGGUGGAUCUGGAUAAGUCGGUGGCGCAUCUUACUGCUGGCCGGCGCCGGUCGGAUUCAGAGAACGUCAAGUCGUCAGAGAAAGGCCGGACAGGGAGCCUCCCGAGACGGGAGGUGACCUCAUGGGACAGAUCUGGGCAGCGCAAUGACUCCUUUGACAAAGGGACCAUGUACACACCCCAGGUCCCGAAAAAGCUCUCGCACUCAGAAAAGAAUAAAUGUGCCUCCAUGGAAGAAAUUCUGUCUCGACGGGACUCUUCCACGCACCGGGCGGUGCUGAGGAGGGGGCUGGAAGCUCAGUUUGCCUCAGCAGAACCAGAGCAGCUGUCCCGGAUACAAGAACUGGUUGCACUGAAACUGGAAAAAACUCAGGAACUGCUGACAGAGGUGAAGGGCUACGGGGAAGGCAAGAGAAAGACCAAGGAUUCCAACACCAGCACCACCACCACCACCUCUUCUUCCUCAUCAUCUUCCAAGUCGGACUCUGAAAGGAUCCUGCAAGAAUCUGAGAGGUUGCUGGGGGAGGCCUCCUCCACCUGGAGCCAAGCCAAGAGGGUUUUGCAGGAGAUCAAAGAGUUGAGGGACCUGUACAAACAGUUUGAACUGCAGCAGUCGGACUCAAAACCCAAACAGAGCUCACAGUCUCAGUACAGGAAGAGCAUGAUGUGA